ACCCUUAGCAGCAACAACUGCAAUCAAGCGUUUACGAAAACUUGCAAUUAGUCUGUUACAGCGCUGUGAGAGAAUUUUGGUUCACUCAUCUAUGCAGAAUUGUUGUGAUUCAGCCACAAAGGAGAGGAAAAUAUAGGAGAUGAAAGGAGAGGAAAAUAUAGGAGAUGAAAGGAGAAGAGAAUAGAGGGGAGGAGAGGAAAGGAGAGAAGAGGGAUAGAGAAUAGAAGAGGAGAGAGCAUUGGUAUUUUUCAUGUUUCUGUGUCUUUAAAAAAGCUCGAGUGGUUCUGCUUCUGGAGAAAUGAAACUGAAACUUUUCAAACAAGAAAGAGGAAGAGAGACCACCCCUGAUCUAUACUGCUGAGUGUUUAUAGACUUUCAGAUUUCUGACCUACGCGUGCACUCGGUGUUCGUGUACAUUGGGUACAGUUUUGUGUCAGCUGAAGGAAGUGUGUCUUCUCUCUCACACGAUGUCUGGAGACUCAGACACGUUUCUUAUCCAUCCUGACACAGAAGGAAUCCUGUCAGUGAAACACCAGCUGGAGAAGGUGGCGUGCAAGGAUGAAGUCCUCCUCUCCAACCUGGAUUUUUCAGAGCGUGUCUUAAGACACAACCCUCUCAACAAAAUCAUGACCCUUCAGGUUAAAGGUCAAUGGCAGUGCCUGACAAUCGGCAAGGUCGACAGCGUGAUUUAUACCGUGUCAUCUGAGGACGAUCAAACUCGCAUCGACUGCUGCGUCUACUGCGAUGACGACGACAUGAUUAAGGACAGCGAUAUAAAGGAACUCCAUUUCAGUGUGCAUUCCUGCCAGGACCAGACCAAAUCCUGUUUUACAGCAGCCAAAGACGCCAUUAGGGUCAAACAUCAGGCCUUAAAAAUCAAAUGCAACAGGUUUUCCAUGACCUACACCAUUAAGGCCAUACCUGACAGGAUCGUAACCAUCGAAACAAAGUGUAAUUUUAAACUACAUUAUGUGACGGCUGAAGCUCUGCUCAAAGCCAAGUGCUGGAUGGAGAACGAGAAACCGAAUUGUCACGAGUUGAUCAAUUGCCUCGAUUAUCUGGUUGAGAUUUACCUCACUGCAGCUGCACCUCUUUCAUAUAACUGCAGGUUCAUUUUGCAGGGAAAUAAAGAAAUGGCUGAAAUUACUACACCUACACCUGGAUAUAAUCAAUCUAUGAAACAGUACAUUGUGAAGUGUGGGAAGGAUUCCAAAGUCUCCAUUUAUCCGCCUUUUGCCUGAAGUCUAGAUGACUUUAGACACUUUUAAAAUGAAUGCAGAGCUGUGCUCACGGAGCGCCCUCUCGUGGUCACGAGGGGUGUCUUGCAGAUCCGCCUGGUUAAUCCUUCACCUGCCCUGACUCUCUACCUGAUCUUCAGAAAGAGAAACUCUAUCUCUCUUACACGCACACACAUAUCAGUCUAAUAGUAUCAAAAGUUUAAUAUCAAUCAAUCAAUCAAUCAAUCUAUCAAUCUAUCAAUCUAUCUAUCUAUCUAUCUAUCUAUCUAUCUAUCUGUGUGUGUGUGUGUGUGAACAGUGCACACACAAACCAUAUAAUAAAACCCCUUAAGGUGCUGUAAGUUUCACCAUUAGUGACAAAAGGCCAGUUUCCAUGGCAACCAGGAGCCACUAAAGAUGAAUGUUAAUGGAUGAAAGUGAGAGAGGUGUGUGUGUGUGUGAAGGACAUUAAUGUGUAUUAGUGUUGACAGUGUCAUAACGCUCGAGUGCUCUGCACUCAAACAAAGAGCAGUAGAUCAGGAAACAAUGCAGAAACAAAAACACAACAAAUUUCAUUAGAAAAUGAAAAAAAAAAUGAAGAAAUUUAAAUUCAUGAUACCCGAUUCAUUUUUCCCCAUGGAGAAUUUGCAUAAACAUGUUCCAGGUGAAUAAAACCUGUUAAUUUUUUUUUACCUGACAGAGAAAAACGUCGGAUAAAAAUAUUUUUAACCUGUAAGCAGUCAAACGCAUGGAUUUAUUUUUAUUGUAUUUUACAUUACACUGAAAAAAAACACAACAAAACUGACAUAAGUUGUGAAAAAAAUGCAGAAAAAAAGAAAAUGUUUUUUUUAAACUAUACAAAAAGAAAAUUUAGAAAUGUGUUUCUAAUAAAAUUAAUACAAAUACAACACGUGUGUACUCAUAGACCAGGACUCUGAGGGAGGAAAAAUUAUUUAGCUUUUUUUUAAAUAAUCUUUUAUCACAUUUAUUAUUUCUAAGCCUGGACAAAGUAUUUAAAUUUUUUUUAUAUUAUUUCGUGCUAUUUCUGACAGCUGUACUGAGCACCGCAGGCUUUUAUAUCAUCCUGAAAUAUUUUUUUUGAAAGAACAAAUCUUAUUGUUCAAGUGAGGAAUAAAAUCUAAAAUGAAAUUAUUCCAGUUAAUUUUCCUCCUCACUGGCUGAGAGUUUAGGCAUUUUCUCUUAUUUUUAAUUUAAUUUUCAAUGAGUCAUCAAUAUAAUUUCAGGUUUUAGUCUAAACGGAAAUAAAUUAAUCUGUGAAACUCGGAAUUCUUUAGCUAAAACCAGUGGAUAACCAGCUAGUUCUUUCCUAUAGGAGUAGAUGAGGUGCUUUGUGUUCACCAAGAAAGUACCAAGCGAGUGAAUAGCUAGCUUACUGUAUAUAAUGCAACCUGACAAUGCUAAUUUAACUAGCUAGCACCAGUUUGCUAAAUGCAUGUGUCUAGCUACAAUUGCUAACUGUUUGUGUUUGUUUUUAAGCUAGCUAAUAAUCAAACUAGCACGACGAUUUUUCAGGAAUGUACUCUUUUCUUGCUCGCUAACAACUUAUCUCUUGCAUUGUAUUUAGCUAGAUGUCUAGCUUCAGCUGCUCGAUUUUAAUAGCAGAAUGGCUAAUUUAUAGUAGCUAACUACCAAGCUAGUUAGGUGUUUAUCUUUUUUUCUUUCUUUAAUGCAACCUGUCAGUGUAGUGCUAGAUUGCUCUAUCUUAUAUUCCUGACUUGUUUAAACACAUCCUUAAUGACUAAUAAUUCAUUGAAUUCUGGAAAACCGCUCUGACUGCUGUGGUAUACAAACUGUUUAUUCAGAUUUCAGGGAAAAACUAGCGUUAUGCUUAGCAUGUCUGUAGACUGAGAUGCUACUUUGCAAAGCAUAUUUAACUAGCCUGCAGUAUCUGUAACAUAGACUUGGUG